UACUAUAGAAUCGGUGACUGCGCCACCGCAGUAGCCAUUGGUCUUGAAGUUGUGAAUUGUAUUAAAUGUUUUGAGGUUAUGCAUAUGGUACAUGCUGUGUUCAUCAUUCGUAAAAAAACGUCUUAGUGAUUGUGAAUGGUAAAUUAUUAAAAAUGGCUCAAAACGGUGAGAAUGUUGAAUAUUUGCGGCGUAUGCUUCUUGAAGCUGAUGGUAGCCCAGACAGUGAGAAGGAGAUAGAAGAAGUAUUGCUUGAUAUCAAAGACUCACAUUACUGGCUAACAUUGAAGGAACAUAAUUAUUGUAAUAGUAAUUUGAAGAGACAUUUUGAAACAAAAUCAGAAGUAGACAGGGAAAAAUUCUUCCGGUUUGCUAUCUCUUGCAUAUCUACCUUUGUCCAAGCCAAUUUCACAGGGCCUCCAAUUAAUGAUGAAACAGAUCAUUUUUUAUGCAAUAACCAAGAUUUGCAAAAUGUUGAUUUUAGAAAACUGUUAGCUGUCAGUAAUGAGGAGAUAAAUAUAAAUACAAAGUAUCCAUCUCUAUUGAUUGCUAGUCAAGUUGUGUUUAAAACUUGUGAAUUAAUACCAACCCUUAACUUAUGGUGGCAAUGGAGAGGCCUCUUGGUUCACCAGAGAAUCCUAGAGGAAUUAAGUCCAGCCUUGCUAUCUAAUGCUGAAAAUAUACAAAAAGAUAUGCGUGACUUGCACCUAACAGAAUCUGGAAAUCUGGGUAUUUUAAUGAACAUUGAACAAGCACAGCUAUUUGGAAAAUUUAGGAGUAUAGCUAAAGUAGAUCAACAUAUCAAAGCAGCUGCAAAAUCUUUGGGAUUAAAACAUGAAUUAAUUGGUAAAAUGGGCAAAAGAACAAAGCAUCAAGAAAAUGAUAUACCUCAGCUAAGUUUGAAAGUGGAAUUGGAGAGAAGAGAAGGUCUUAGUAGACACUUGGUCACUAAAAAUGAGGGUCCCAUAAAUGUGGCUCUGAAUGAUGAUGUACGUUUGGAAACUGUUGAAUUUGCUGAUAAAAAUGAAGCACCAGAGCUCAGUGACUUAGAACAAAAACUGCUGCUUUUAGUUGCACAACAUAUGAUCAUGUCUAAACCACAAGAUGAUUUAUAUUUUGAAGAGCUGAAGCCUUUUAUUGAUACAGUCCUCAGCCAGAAUAAUACUUGGUGUGUAGCUGCGUAUACCCUGCAGUUGCGUUGCAAUUUGGAGGCUAAACAUAAUAGGACUAUUGAACGAUGUCUAAUCCAGUGCGAAGAAGUGCUAAAUUCAGUGAAGAAAGAAAAUCCGCCUGUCAUAAGAAGGAUUACCGGUUGUUAUAAUACCAGCUUAAAUCCAAUCUGGAUGGUAGAAGAAACGUAUGCUCACUUAAUGUUAAAUUUGGGAUUGAUUAAGGCGAGUUUGGAAGUUUACAUGAAACUGCAACUCUGGGAAGAAGUUAUUGUCUGUUAUACGAUUCUUAAAAUGCGUCACAAGGCGACCGAAAUUAUCAAGAAGCAGUUGAACAUUCGUCCUACAGUCAAAUUAUAUUGUUUGCUAGGCGAUGCAACUGAUGAUUUAAGUUGCUAUGCUAAAGCUUGGGAGUUUUCAAAGAGACGCAGCCACAGGGCGCAAAGGCACUGGGGCUUGUAUUAUUUCAUUAGGAAGAAGUAUGCAGAGUGCAUUCCACAUUUCGAAAAAUCGGUAAGUAUAAAUCCGCUCCAGGCCAUAGUUUGGCUUCGUUUGGGCUUUGCUGCGUUGGAAACCCAGAAUUGGCAGAUCGCUGCAACGGCUUACCGCAGAUACACAACACUGGAGCCGGAUGGUUUCGAAGCUUGGAACAACCUGGCACAAGCUUAUAUCCGACUCGGAAAUAAGAGAAGUGCGCAUCAUGCUCUGCAAGACGCCCUGAGAUGUAACUUUGAUAACUGGAAAGUGUGGGAGAACUUUUUGGUGGUCAGUGCCGACAUUGACAACUACUCGGACGUGAUUCGGUCGUACCACAAACUGCUCGAUCUUAAGGGCAAAUAUACAAAUAUCGAUGUUUUAAAAGUUUUGGUUUAUGGAGUCUGCAACGAAAACAAUGCAGGAGAUAAAGCGCUCAUGAAGAAAACCCGCGAGUUGCUGGGAAGAGCAACUUCAAUAUUUCCUGGUGAUGGUAUCCUUUGGGAACUAUACGCUUGCGUAGCACCUAUUCUUAUGCUAAAGAUUCAAAGGCUUCAGAGGGCAUUGAGGGGAUUUACCCAAGGAAGUUGGACAAAUGAUAUCGAAGUUUGCAAGCAUGUCCUUUAUAUCUGCCUAAAGUUAGGAGAAGCCGUUAUGGAUGACUCCAUCUCAUCGAAAGAUACCAUUGUAAACUCUGUUAAGUUGAAUAUCAACGCAAUAAUACCAGUGGUGAAAGUCAUAGAUAAUGCCGAAAUAUUAGUUCUUUUGCAAGAAGUCGUCAAUGUGGUAACGAAAAUAAUGAAGAAGAUGCAUUCUUAAUCUCUUUUUUUUAUUUCAUAUAUUAUAAUAUAUAUAUA